UCUCGCCUCAAGCCCAUAGAAGUGAGAGCAGGAAGAUCGAUAUCGAGGAGAAGCACCGCUUCCGCUUGUUUCCUUCUAAAGUGUUUGUUUGGUUUUCGAUCUCUGUUAGGGGAGAGAAAAUCAGAAAGAAAGAAGGAUAACUUCAAAGGUGAUCUGAUCAAAGAAAAUCAAUUUGUGGGUUCACUUGGAUUUGCAACGCUGGCGAAUCGGUGGUGGACCGGGCCAGUGGCGCUGCCAGGCGUCGAGCAGGCAGGGGGUUCUCCUGCGUUGAAGAAACGCGAUCGGGAGUUUUCAAUGAACGAAAACGGUGGAAGCAGCGGCGGAGGAGAGGAGGAAGAAGAGCGAGAGAACGGGGACGAACCAAAAGAAGGAGCUGUAGAAGUUGGGACCCGUCGUCCAAGAGGACGACCACCCGGGUCUAAGAACAAGCCGAAGCCACCAAUCUUUGUGACACGGGACAGCCCGAACGCGCUGAGGAGCCAUGUGAUGGAGAUUGCAGGAGGGGCCGACGUAGCCGACUGCGUUGCCCAAUUCGCUAGGAGACGGCAGCGAGGUGUCUGUGUACUUAGCGGAAGCGGAGCAGUAGCCAACAUAACAUUGCGACAGCCUGCUGCACCCGGAGCUGUCGUUGCACUGCACGGCCGGUUCGAGAUACUAUCCCUUACCGGAGCCUUCCUACCUGGACCUGCUCCUCCGGGGUCGACUGGGCUGACGGUGUACCUGGCUGGCGGUCAAGGGCAAGUGGUGGGUGGCAGCGUGGUUGGCACACUUAUAGCAGCGGGGCCGGUCAUGGUGAUUGCGGCAACAUUUGCCACCGCAACAUUCGAGCGGCUGCCACUUGACGAAGAGGAAGAAGCAGGUAGCGGAGGCCAGGGGCAGCUCCCCGGAGGUGCAGGAAGUUCACCCCCCGCAAUUGGCAGCAGUUCCGGUCAGCAGCAGCCUGGAUUGCCCGACCCCUCAUCCUUGCCUGUUUUCAACCUGCCACCCAACCUACUCCCUAAUGCUGGGCAGCUGAACCACGACGCCUUUGCUUGGGCUCAUGCCCGUCCACCUUUCUGAACAAACAAAGCUGGAGAGAGAGAGAGAGAGAGAGAGAGAGAGAGAGAGAGUUUCUUUGGUAUUAGAAUUCAGAACUGAGUAGAUGAAGGUGGAAACCAUGGAUUCUGUGUAAAUCACUAAAUCUUACUUUUUUUUUUAUUUAGCCUUUCAAUAUUUCUAGUUCGUAAUACAAAACGGAUAGCUUCUCUUUUAUAGCUCUGAUUGUGUGUUUUUUUUCACUUUCUACAUUAGUACUUUCUCAUGGAAGUUCUAUAUUAAUAUUAUUAACUCAUUUCUUGUGCUUUCAA